CACUCUCGAUCAUAAUAAAAUAAGACCGACCAAAGUUUUAUCUAGUCAUUUAGUUGCUUUAAAUGAAUCUAAAAAGCAUGAAAUAUAUGUUAAUGCAGAGUAUAAUUAUUCAGUAGAAACAACACAAUGGCACUUUCUCGAUUUAUACUACUAUCCAGAGCUCUCAUGUGGUUCUUCAGAACUGCAUCAGGCUUUGGAAAUAUUUCUUGGUGCAAACACACUACUAGAUAAUGAAACAGAUAAUGAAUAUGAGUAUUUUGGAAAUGGAGAGGUGGUGUUCGACAAUUAUAAACAAGACCUAACACCUGAUAUAGUAAUAAUAGAUUAUAAUGAGAGGUG